GAUUUUUUUUAUUACAAAAUCCGCUUCUAAAGUAUUUCUUUUGGUUAGCUAAUCGAAAGGAAUUUAAUUUUUCCUAAAAUUCAAUGAAAAAUAUAUAAAAUAACUCACAAUGGUUGUUCACGCUGAAGCAAAACCAAUUGAAACUAAUGAUCAAGAGGCUGUCAGUCCCGAAUCAACACCGGGGAAAGGUGCAAAAGAAUGGGGUUACGACUUGUACCCGGAACGAAGAGGUGAAUCGUACAAACCAAAAUGGUCCAAAAUUUUGAUGGGCAUGGAAGGAACUGAGAAUAUGGACAAAAUUAAAUGCGAACGUAAUGUUUAUUGGUGUAUUAAGAAUAGUCCUCUAGUCAAAUUGAUGAUGGGUGCGUUAAAGUCGUCAGGGUGUCCAAUUGACAUUCGCCGGCAUAUUUCAUGCGAAGUGUGUGAUCCUUCGGUAACUGGUGGUUACGAUCCGGUCAUGAAUCAAAUUGUUGUUUGUCAGAAUAUGGCAAAGAAGGAAGGCAUGGUUCAAGGAGUACUUACACACGAAAUGAUUCACAUGUUUGAUUAUUGUAACAAUGAUUUGGAUUUCAAGAAUAUUGACCAUUUAGCCUGCACCGAAGUUCGGGCAGCUAAUUUGGCACAUUGUUCGUUUUUGAGUGCAAUGUUUCAGGGUGAUGCAUCGCCAUUUAAUAUCAAAGAAGCACAUAAGAAAUGUGUGAAGACAAAGGCAUUAUACUCGGUCUUGGCUGUCCGCAAUACAACACCAGAAGAAGCUUCGGAAGCUGUUGAACGUGUCUUCCCUAAAUGCUAUGCAGAUCUAGAACCAAUUGGCAGGAGAAUACGAAGGAACUCUACCGAUCAACACAAAGCCUAUAUGGAAGGUCCAAUGUAUGGAUAUGAUGUUUAGUUAAAGGGUGAAUUAUUUUAAAGUGUUAUCGGAAUUCGAGGAAGAAAAUAUAUUUUAGUUUUAUUUAAACAA